ACGCUCCCACUCCCGCUCCUCCAACAACCUGCGGGGGGCAAUUGGACACGCUUCGAACUUCCCCAGGAUCACCCUUGACAGUUGUUUUCCCAUUGAGGGAUCUUCCGUGAGAACCUGUGGACUUUCUUUCGAAAGUUCACCCGACUGGAUCCCUUCUACCCCGAGGAGAUCUGUGAUCCCACAUCAUCUUCUGUCCUGAACGCCUUGGACACACCCUUCCUUUGUAACGUGCUCAGAGCUCUGAAAUGGCCGAGAGAACAGUGCCGCAGCCCGGGCCUGCGCGUCUGAAACGAAAUGCCGGUCCAGAUGAAUGGCUAGAAGCCGCUAAGGACUGCAAGUACUUGUCAGAGCACCACAUGAAGCAGCUCUGCGAGAUGGUGAAGGAAUUCAUGAUGGAAGAGUCAAACAUACAACCUGUCUCUACACCGGUUACGAUAUGUGGAGAUAUCCAUGGUCAAUUCUACGAUUUGCUAGAACUCUUUCGCGUUGCUGGAGGCAUGCCAAACCAGCCGGCGGUUGAGACCCCAGCUACUGCUCCUACUGUGAUCUCAUCGGAAGAUAUCGAACCCCCAUCCACUAUCACUGACCCGAAACUCAGGAAGAGGUUGAGGAACGCGGAUGCUCCUGGUGAUGACGGCGAUGAUGAUUCUGGGUCGAACGGUAGUGGGCAGAGGGAGCGAUCACCGAGCGCUACAUCUGGGGAUCAUGCACCUACGGGGAACUUCGUUUUCUUAGGAGACUACGUCGACCGUGGAUAUUUCAGUUUGGAGACAUUGACGUUGCUGCUUUGUCUGAAGGCUAAAUACCCAGACAAGAUAACCUUGGUUCGAGGAAACCACGAGUCGAGGCAGAUUACGCAGGUUUACGGUUUCUACGAGGAAUGUUUCCAAAAAUACGGCAAUGCUUCUGUAUGGAAAGCCUGUUGUCAGGUAUUUGACUUUAUGACACUUGGUGCCAUUAUUGAUGGCAAGGUCCUGUGUGUACACGGAGGCUUGAGUCCAGAAAUCAGGACCUUGGACCAGGUGCGUGUCGUCGCUCGAGCGCAGGAGAUCCCGCAUGAAGGUGCAUUCUGCGAUCUUGUAUGGUCGGAUCCCGAAGACGUUGAGACCUGGGCGGUCAGCCCUAGAGGAGCUGGUUGGCUCUUUGGUGACAAAGUGGCAGAAGAAUUCUGUCACGUCAAUGACCUCACGCUGAUUGCUCGUGCGCACCAGCUGGUUAACGAGGGCUACAAAUAUCAUUUCGCUAAUCAAGACGUUGUGACGGUCUGGAGUGCUCCCAACUAUUGUUAUCGGUGCGGUAACCUGGCCUCUGUUUGUGAAAUUCGCGAGGAUCUCAAACCUACAUUUAAGCUAUUCAGUGCUGUCAGUGAUGAUCAACGGCACGUUCCUUCCUCGCGACCAGGCCGCAGUGAGUAUUUCCUGUAGAAUAUGGAUGGACUGAUCGGGGUUAUGAUAUAUUCUGUUUCAUGAAGGCA